AGCCCGUCCUCUUUUGGGCAGUGGCUUCGGAAUGAGGGAGGCGCAGAGCCAGAGCCAAACCGAGGCAGACGGAGCUGGGAAGGAGCCCUUUUUUCCUUCUGGACCAACCAAACCAUCCCUCCUGCCCUCCCUGCAAGGUGCCCCUUCGGGAAGCAGGGCUCCGGCGGACAGCUGAUGGCCAAGGAUGGCGGGGCGGAGGUCCUCACCUGCGACGAGGCCGGGAGUCCAAACAGAGGGAACAAGGAGGACAAGGAGGACGGAGGCAAUGACGAUGAAGUCUUUGUGAGCACAGACGGCCAGACACCUGGCUGCAGCCCUAGUAGUGUUCGGCAUGGCAGCGUGGAGGAGCUGUACGAGCUGCUGGAGAAGCUGGGCAGCGGCCACUUUGGGGUGGUGAGGCGCUGCCGGGAGCGGGAGACGGACGCCUUCUUUGCAGCCAAGUCGGUCAAGAUCCGGAAGCGGAAGGGGAGCCGGCUGGGCCUGGACCGCGAGCAGGUGUCGCGGGAGGUGAACAUCCUGCGCCAGCUGCAACACCCCAACAUCAUGCGCCUCCAUGACGUCUUUGCCAGCAAAGCUGAGAUGGUCCUGAUUCUGGAGCUCAUCCACGGGGGAGAGCUUUUUGACUUCAUCGCCGAGAAGGAGAUGCUGACGGAGGAGGCAGCCAUUGAGUUCAUGGAGCAGAUCCUCCGUGGGGUGGCCUACAUGCAUUCCUGCCACAUCGCCCACUUUGACCUCAAGCCGGAGAACAUCAUGCUCUUCCAGAAGGACGUCCCCAACCCUGCCAUCAAGAUCAUCGACUUUGGCUUGGCCCAAAAGCUGGAGGAAGGCGUGCCCUUCAAAAGUCUUUGCGGGACCCCCCAGUACAUCGCUCCUGAAGUGAUCAACUACGAGGCUUUGAGCACAGCCACAGACAUGUGGAGCAUUGGCGUCAUCACAUACAUCUUGCUGAGCGGCAUGUCCCCCUUCCAGGGUGAGACGGACCCAGAAACCCUCUCCAACGUGGUCUCCGGAAACUAUGAGUUCGAGGAGAAGUACUUCAGCCAGACGUCCGAGAUGGCCAAGGACUUCAUCCGGCAGCUUCUGGUCAAGGAGCCUGGGAACCGGAUGACGGCCAGCGAGUGCCUCAGGCACCCAUGGAUUAAGCCCUUAAACCGGAAGCAGGCCAUAAACCGGAGCCGGUCCUCCAUCAACAUGAAGAACUUCCGCAAAUUCAACGCUCGUCGGAAGUGGAAGCUCUCCUACAACAUGGUGUCUGCCUGCAACCGCCUGUGCCGCAUGGGUCUCUUGUGCCAGCAGCGGAGAGAAGAAGAAGAGAUCUUGCGCGACUGCGAGAGCGACCAGGAGGAUGUGGCCGCCAGCCCCGUGGCCUUGCUGCGCAGGCGGAGAAGCAUCUGCUCCUGAAAUCGGGCAUCGUCGCAAGCAACAUCCCCCUGAGGUGCAGCUCUUGCCAGAUCCCGUUGCUUCCCAUUCCAGCUGCAAGGAGGGAUGGGCAGCCCAAAGGACUCUCACCGCGGGGCCACACGAGCCAAAGCGACCAAGCAGAAUUUCAACUCCUCUCCAAUUUCUUCUUAAUAUUCAGCGCAACAAGGUGGGGAGGGGAUUCAUGUGGCAUGUUUGGGUUUUUUUUUCCGUGAAAAACUGCAAGUCGCUUCUGGUGUGUAGAGAACUGGCCAUCUGUAAGGACUUUGCCCGGAUGUUUUGAUGUUUUGACCAUCCUUGUGGGAGGCUUCUCUCAUGUCCCCACAUGAAGCUGGAGCUGAGAAAGUGAGCUCACCCACACUCUCCCCGGGUGGGAUUCGAACCUGGCAGCCUUCUGGUCAGCAACCCAACCUUCAAGUCACGAGGCUUUAAUCCACUACGCCACCGGGGUCUUCUAAUGUGGCAUGUGCCAAAAAUGUGAAAUGUGUUCCAGUUGGAGGUCAAGAGCCAGGUAUGGGAGACCUUCUCGAGGUCAUUUCUCCAAACAGGAGCUUCAGUCUCAUCCCAAUCUCCUCCUCAGACGAGGAGACCAAAAGACAGACGAGCCCCUUUUUCAUCAUCCCAGAUAUGGGAAACCACUAACUACUCACCCCUCUUUUCCCGUCGCAUGAGGACCACUUCUCUGAGCCUUUUCUUCCAGAGAGAAGGUUCAGGACAUGAAAUGCCUUCAAGAUGUGUGUAUGUGCAGAGUGUAUUUUUAUAUAUGUUCCAACAAAUAACAUCGAUUAAACUUUCUUAUUACAUCC